CACGAAUCAAACACUGCAGUCAGGUGUUUCUCGAAGACGCGUCACUGUUUUGACUCUAUCUGGGAAGUAUUUCGAUGAUAGAGCAGCCGAAGUAGGCCUAUACAAAAUAACUGACCAUAUUCCGUCUAAAACGGAACAAUGUGAAGAGCACCAGGAGAGAAGCUGUUUGUGAAUAAUUCGAAUCCGUUUGAGAAAUGCUGCUGUCUAGACACUGUAUGGAUUUAUGAAUUAAAAGAAGUCUGUGUUUGAUGAUCUUCAUCUUUUGAUGUUCUUCUGUUGAGACAGAGCCCUGUUAAUAAAAUGAGUCUCUGUGAGAAGAGAGAGGAGGAGGAGGAGGAGGAGGAGGAGGAAGCCCACACAUAUAAAGCAGCAUCUCCAGAACCCAGCUGUGUGUCUAUGAAGAGUGAUUCAUCCAUGGCAAUCCCCCUUAAUCUCAGUGAUGGAGCAGUGACCCCUGACACAUUGGUGAUAUUAAAGAGAGAUGAUGUGAUCAGAUCAGGGACACCCCAUCUGACCUGUACUGACUCUGACUAUCAGACCCUCAUCAGAGACUCGGAGACGCAGAGAGUCAAAGACCAGCACAAAACCAGCAUGAAGAACAAGUAUGAGAGAUUAAUUGAGGGAAUCAGACUAGAAGAGAAUCAAACCCUCCUGAACAGGAUCUACACACAGCUCUACAUCAUAGAGGGAGAGAGUGAAGGAGUGAAUAAAGAACAUGAGAUUUUACAGAUGGAGAAAGCAGCAACAACACAAGACACUCCAAUCUACUGCAAUGACAUAUUUAAAGAAGGAAAUGAGAAAGGUAAAAUCAAGACUGUUCUUACUAAAGGCAUCGCUGGAAUUGGAAAAACUGUCUCCGUGCAGAAGUUUAUUCUGGAUUGGUCUGAGGGAAAAGCCAAUCAAGAUGUAGAUUUUAUGUUUGUGCUUCCAUUUCGAGAGCUGAACUUGAUUAAAGAUCACCAGUACAGUCUUCUCAGACUUCUGCUGGAUUUUAAUCCUGAACUUCAAGAUCUGGACUCAAAGAUUUAUGAGGAGGGUAAAGUUGUGUUCAUCUUUGAUGGUCUGGAUAAAAGCAGAAUCACACUGAUGUUUAAAGAUGCUGAGAAAGUUUGUGAUGUGAACGAGUCUUCAUCAGUGGGUUUGUUGAUGUCAAAACUCAUCAGAGGAGAUCUGUUUCCCUCUGCUCUCAUCUGGAUCACCUCCAGACCAGCAGCAGCCAAUCAGAUCCCCUCAAAAUACAUCAACCGUGUGACAGAAAUUCAGGGAUUCAAUGAGCCUCAGAAGGAGGAAUAUUUCAAGAAGAGAAUCAGUGAUGAGCAUCAAGCCAGCAGAAUCAUCUCACACAUCAGAAGAUCAAGAAGCCUCAACAUCAUGUGUCACAUACCUGUCUUCUGCUGGAUCUCAGCCACUGUGCUUCAAAACCUCCUGAAACAAGAUGACAGUGCAGAAAUCCCUCAAACUCUGACUGAAAUGUACAUCCACUUCCUGCUGACUCAGAUCAAGAUGAGGAAUCAAAAAUAUGAAGAAAGAGAUCAGGAGAUAUCACUAAAGUCCAAUAGAGAUGUGAUUGUGAAACUUGCUGAGCUGGCUUUCAAACAGCUGAUGAAAGGCAAUAUGAUGUUCUAUGAGGAGGACCUGAUUGAGAGCGGCAUAGACAUCACUGACGCCUCAGUGUAUUCUGGGAUUUGCACUGAGAUCUUUAAAGAGGAAUCUGUAUUUCAUCACAGGAAAGUCUACAGCUUCAUUCAUCUGAGCUUCCAGGAGUUUUUAGCUGCUUUCUUUGUGUUUUAUUGCCUUGUAGUCAAAGAUGAUGCAUCACUGAAGUUGUUUCUAAAUGAUUUGUGGUACAGAUUUAAGGAUAAGUCUCUGUAUGUUCUAGUCACAUUAGCAGUUGAUAAAUCCUUACAGAGUGAAAAUGGACACCUGGAUCUGUUCCUGCGAUUCCUGCUGGGCGUCUCUCUGGAGCCAAAUCGUAGACUCUUACAGGAUCUACUGACAGACACAGUGAAGAUCUCAAAGAGCAUCAGGGGAACCACACAGUACAUUAAAGACAAACUCAAGGGUGAUGAAAAUCUUUCAGCUGACAGAUGCAUUAAUCUGUUCCACUGUCUGCUGGAAAUGAAGGAUCAGACUCUGUACAGAGAGAUCCAGAAGUUUUUAAAAUCAAAGUAUCACUUAGUGAACCGACUCUCUCCGUCUCACUGCUCAACAAUCACCUACAUGCUUCAGAUGUCAGAGAAGGUGAUCGAUGAGCUUGAUGUAAAGAAAUACAACUCAUCAGAUGAGGGCAGAAGGAGACUGAUACCAGCUGUGAUCAACUGCAUAAAAGCUGUACUCACAGACUGUAAUCUCACUGAUCAGUGCUGUGAAAGUUUGUCUUCAUCUCUACAAUCAAACUCCUCACUGAGAGAGCUGGACUUGAGUCACAAUGACCUGCAGGAUUCAAGAGUAAAGCUUCUGUCUGAUGGACUGAAGAGUCCAAACUGUCAACUCAACAUACUGAGAUUAUCUGGCUGUAUGGUGACAGAGGAAGGCUGUUGUUUUCUGGCAUCAGCUCUGAGUUCAAACCCCUCACACCUGAGAGAGCUGGAUCUGAGCUACAAUCACCCAGGACAAUCAUUAGUCAAGCUGCUCUCUGAUCCAAACUACAGACUGGACAAACUCAACAUGGAUCAUGGAGGAGAGUUCAGGAUUAAAGCAGGACCACGGAAGUAUGCAUGUGAUCUCACACUGGAUCCAAACACAGCAAACACUCGUCUCAUUCUGUCUGAGAAGAACAGAAAGGUGACACAUGUGUCAGAGGAUCAGUCGUAUCCUGAUCAUCCAGAGAGAUUUGAUAAAUGUCGUCAGGUUGUUUGUAAAGAGAGUCUGUCUGGAUGCUGCUACUGGGAGGCUGAAUGGAGCGUGUCUUCAGUUAAUAUAUCAGUGACAUACAAAGGAAUCAGCAGAAAAGGAAAUGGUGAUGAACACUGGUUUGGAUUAAAUAAAAAAUCCUGGAGUCUGGCCUGUAGCAAUAGCAGAUUCACUGCCAGUCACAAUAAUAAAAGCACAGACAUACCUGUCCCUUUAAGCUCUAACAGAAUAGGAGUGUAUCUGAACUGGUCAGCUGGUGUUCUGUCCUUCUACAGCGUCUCUGACACAAACACACUCACGCACUUACACACAUUCAACAGCAGAUUCACUGAACCCCUCUAUGCUGGAUUUGGAGUUUAUUCUGAUAGUUCAGUGUCUCUGUGUGAGAUUAAAUAGCCUUCAGUGAGAAACAAUUGAGACAACAGUUGAGUGAGAAGAUGAUAACAUUUGAACUUUUCGGUUAUUGUAACACGUGACACGCUAUAGGUAACAAUACAAGACGUGUAUCCGUAAUAUCUUUUUAAAUACAUGACAACAUUAACUUUAAUCACGUGCUGUAGUGCAGUUGUGUUUUAUGCACUCAAAUACAAAUACAGUGCUAUUUCGUAUAAUGUUUAUUUAUAUAAAGUUUGCCACACAUAAUCAGACAUUUCACAUCUGAUUUCCUAAACAAUGAGUUGUAUAAAUAUUGUGUUAAUAAAACAAAUGCUUAGUUGAGAAUAUCUACUACUAGUCUACUAACGGUAGAUUAGUAGUCAACAGAUAAUCAACAGAUAAUGAAGUAGUGAUUUUGAUGGUUAAGUUAUGGUUAUGUUACUUGUCUAUUGAAACUGAUGCACUGUUGUCAUGCUACUAAAUGAUUACUGAUAACUAGUAGAGUUGAUGGGCUAUCAAAGGAAAGUGUUACAAGAAAGGAAUAGUUACGUAUAGUCUUUGUGACAUUUAUAUUCCAUAGGUGACGUUGAGGGGAGGUUCCCUUUCCUAGAAAGUCACUAAAUAGGCUGCGAGAAACAAUGCCUCUCUGUCUCUCUCUCUCUCUCUCUCGCACUUGUUCUCAUGGGUGCCUCUUUAAUCGCCUCUUUGGGACUAUUUUUGUUAUUUUAUGCUUGGGUUUAAGCUGUGAUUUUGUGUUUUAAUAUAAUAUUCUUUCUAAUUGAAUCAGUAACGAGUAGUGUAUUUAUUUAUUUAUUAGUUCACAUUUUGUUCAGUUAGUAUGAGCUGAGUGAGGGAAGCAGCUGUCAUGAAGACUCACCUGUUUUAUUUUUAUUUCGGUCAGUCAGUUAACUUUAUUCUGAGAACAGGUGUAGUCAGGUGUUCUGCUUUCUUAGCUUCCCUACCCAUGAACUGAUAUUCUUUCUUUGAUACUAUUCAUUAGAUUAUUUGUCAAUAUUCUUUGUGAAUUGUCAUGCUUUGUUAUUUAUGUUUGACUUGAAUUUAUUGAAUUAAAUGGAGGCAUCUUGAAAUUGUCUUUUUUAUGUGUUCGGACUGUAUCCUUUAUCUACUUGAGUUUAAAUUAAUGAGCUUUAAAAUGAUUAUAGGCUGUAACAGUCAUAUACACCUAGGAUGGAUUGAUGGUGAGUAAAUCAUAGGGUAAUUUUCAUUUGAAUUUAGAAUCUAGUUUUGGCGACUAUUCAUGUAAACAUGUCUUAAGUUAAUGUAAACAUUUUUGGAAAAAUAUGAUGUGAAACAUUAGAUCCAUGAUGUAAUUGUAAUAUAAUUCACCUCAAACAAUGGAAAAAAUAGAAUGAAUCACUCACUCCUUUUGACCGAAUAAUUUUUGUAGCUUUAAUAAUAAAUGUAUUUGUAAUUAAUAAAGUAAAAAUUAUGCAGUGAAUGUAUUUACACAUUUGAGUAUUCAAUAUCAUACAUACGUCACACGCGCAUACCUUAAUCAUUGUUAUUGUUUUAUUGUUUUGGGUCAGUGGACCAAAAAUGUUGAAGUUUGAUUAGAAGAAACGGCAGUAAAAUUAAACUUAUUAAAAUGAUUCAGUUAUUCACUGAUAUAGUGUGUAGCUUUUUAUUUCUCAAACAACCAUUUUUGAAGACGUAUUCAUGUCCAUAUUACAGGAUGACAAUGUUACGGUCAGGCUCAAAUUGGCCAGGAAAAAAAUAUGCCCACCAGUCCUGACCUGGCCUCUGGG